CCACGCCCUUUCAGCCAAAGCUGGCAGCGCAAGUCCCCAAAUCCAGCCCGCUGACCCUUACGUAUUCAAGGCUGCCGGUCAUCGCCUUUUACUCGGCGCUGUCUCGGCUGAUUCCCCGACUCGCUUCUUCAUGGCGUCGCUCCUGUGCUGUGGCCCCAAGUUGGCUGCCUGCGGCAUCGUCCUCAGCGCCUGGGGCGUGAUCAUGUUGAUAAUGCUCGGAAUAUUUUUCAAUGUGCACUCAGCUGUGUUGAUUGAGGACGUUCCCUUCACAGAGAAAGAUUUCACGAAUGGUCCUCAGAAUAUAUACAAGCUUUACGAGCAAGUCAGCUACAACUGUUUCAUCGCUGCAGGCCUUUACCUCCUACUCGGAGGCUUCUCUUUCUGCCAAGCUCGACUCAAUAAGCGCAAGGAAUACAUGGUGCGCUAGAGCACAAUCGUGUUUUCCUCUCUUCAGCCCCCUUGUCUAUUUAAAGAUUCCCCACCCUUCACUCGGGGCUCGUCCUGCCCAUUGUGGCAGCCUCCGCGGGACUGGGUUUUCCUGGCAAGACUGAAUCCCCAAUUCUCCAACCUCAGGCGUCUGGCCCCAGUGGAGAGGGCUGGGGCUGACAACACCUUGUCUCUCCAGCCCUCCUCGCCUAUUCCCUACCACAAUAAAGAGAAGCUGCUCUCUUAA